GGCUGACUGGCUGACUGACUGACGAGGCUUUGCUGUCGGCUGUGUGGCAUCUGUGGACAUUUGAUGGAGGUGACAUGCUGCCAGAUGACCUGUGCGAUCUGAAAGCAGAGUGCAGCCCCACCAUGGACAACGACAUCACAGCGAAGGAGAGAGGUGUGCUGGAGGAGAACAAUGAGAAAGAGGAGAUGGACCAGGAGAGAGCUCGGGAGGAGGAGGGAGAAGAGAGGAAGGUGAAGGAGGAGGAGGAAGGCGAAGGGGAGGAGAAGAUGAAGAACGAGCAGGAGCCGCUGACGGAGGAGCAGGAGCUGGAGGAGCUGAGGGCCCAGGUGCUGCAGCUGCUGCUGGAGCUGGACGAUGCCAGAGAGAUCUCCAACAAACACCAGGAGAGCUUCCAUGAGCUGCAAGGUCUGUUGGAGGAUGAGCGUCUGGCAAGUGCCCAUCAAGCUGAAGCCUUCACACGACAGAUCCAGAAUCUACAAGCUCAGCUGCGUUCUGUGCAGGAGGAGAUGGACAGCCUGGAGGAGGAGAAGGAGAGCGAACUUGCUGAGGCCCAGGAGGAGCUGCGAGUCGCUCAGGAGGAGGUGAUCCUGCUCCAGCAGGAGGCAGAGGAGGCGGCGGCGGAGCGGGAGAACGACAUCGCCUCGCUGCAGGAGGAGCUGUGUCGACGGCGGGCCGAGCUGCAGCGCCUCAGCGAGGAGACCCAGGAGUACGAGCUGGAGAUCACCACGCUGAGGGCCGAGAUCAGCAUGAAGAGCCAGCGCAGGGAGGCUGAGAGGAGAGAGGGUGAUGUGGACCUGCUGAAGGAGGAGUGCCGUACGCUGAGGGAGGAGUGUCAGACCCUGAAGGAGGACAACAGACGUCUCACUGAAAGGCUGCAGCUGCUGCAGAGACAGAGGACAUGCUCCAGUGUCUAUCUGUCACUGAAAGAGGAAGAUGUAGAGGAGGGCACAGAGAGGAAGGAUAUGGAGACCGGCUCGGAUGAGGUCAUGACAGAGAGCUACAUGACCAUGGCUAAGUCUGGUAACUGUCGCCUGGUGGACGCCUCCAUCCAGAAGAAUAUUUCAUUCGAUGGGAAGCCCACAACACCAACCGGCUGGAACGGAGGCAUCGGGGAGAUUUUCUCCCUGAGGGAGCAGCUCAAACAGGCAGAGGAGAAGGCCUCACAGGUUCAGAGAGAGUGUAACGGUCUGAAGGUGGAGCUGCAGGAGCUGCAGGUACUGUAUGACAGCAGUCAGAGGGAGAGAGCAGAGCUGGAGGAGGAGCUGCAGCGCUGCAAGGCAGAGCUGGAGAAGCUGUCAGGGGGGGCUCAGAGAUUCAUCCAUGCGUCUGAGCACCCUGUUCUCUCCAUCCCCUUCAUAGGAAUGAUUGUAAUAUUGGCUGUGGUCUGGUGCUGGUUGUCGGAGCUGGCGUCCCAGAGGGCAAGGGGAGUGAGGUAGGUUGGAACUCCAUUUUGACCAUCACUGCAGCCACAGCGGUGCUACUAAUGAUGACGAGCUUGUUGAGAGCUCUCGUCCGAUGUUGAUUGGAUGGGCAACAACCGCACAGGGACAGACGUCUGCUUCAGACUAGCCCUCGUUCUUCUCCUGCCGUACUUACAGACUGAACUGUAACUCUCUAAAUGUGAUAGAGCUGACAGCUGUGUAGUAGAAAAUGUAUGGAAAAUGUCAUUGCUAAUGAGAAAGGUACUAGAAAGGCACCGAGAACGACUGCAUUCGGUCUCAUUGGAGGUUGAGGAUGAUGAAGAGUUGACCUGCGGAGAGCCCACACGAGGACUGAUCUCACUCCACUAAAUGUAUGCUAGUGCUGUGUCACUCCUCCUCUGUGUCUGUGAAUAUCAUUUUUCUCUCUCUUAGCAAACAAUGUGAUAAAAAAAAGUACUUAGGUUUUGAUUAUUAAUGUGCAUCUAAGAGUUUUCAAUUUAUUUAAACCAUUAUUUAUUUAUUUCUCUGUUUAAGUAUUGUUCAUAGUUGUCUCUGAUAAUAUUGACAGACAUGGAGUCUGGACAUGUAAUGCACUGAAAUGUAAGAAAAAAAGCCCUUUAAAUGUAAACUAAAAUAGCAGUUUGCAUAUGUUUGUGAAUAAAUUGACUAGUUGCUUUCCCCCAAAAUACUGAAUGCAAUAAAUUCUAUAUUCUGCAAAACUGGAUUAUAUGUAAAAAACUCCCAAUAAUUAACAUCAUCAUACCAUUACCUCUUGCCACUGUAGUACUGACCAUGAUGGAACAAUAUGCUAUUACAGGAUAUGACAACAGGUAUGGUUAACCUAACACCUGUCAAUCUAAACCAAGUUUAUAAGGGCGGAUGUUUAACCCUUGGUUGGUGGAGCCAGCUCUUCUUCACGGUGUGCAGGCUCUGUCACCUGUCACUUCCACAUGACUUACUAUUAAUAAUCUUGUGUCUGUCUCUGAAACAACUCCCACCUUCCUCUCUAAUUAUCAGUUUGACUACGAUGCCAGAAAGUCUGUGCAGUAUUUCUGAUUCAUCUUACCUGCCCACAGCUCACUUUGAAAUUCUGAAAUCUUACACCCACAGCUACAUUGUUACACACACACACACACAUUGUGGUUUGCUGAAGUUUUGUUACAGUAGGUGCUCGGAAAGAUAUCUCAGCAACUUUUGGAGCCAAUUGUAUAACAAACAAACUGUAAAAGUAGUGUGUUGUUGUUGUUGUUUAGAUUUAAGGUGUUCGCAGUUUGUUCCAGGUACUAAAGUGUGAGAAUGUUGACUGCCAGCGCUUUAUGUAACAAACUGCAGAUCUGAUUUACACCAGUUGAAAUCACAAUGAUGCGUCUGAAGCGUAAGAUCAGGGUUUAGUAGUUGUGAAGGCAUUUUAGAAAUGAAUAUGGUUUCAAAAUAUGUAAAUAGGAAGAUGUCAGAACAAGUUUAAGCAUCAAUAACAAAAAAUAUAAAUGUAUAUGUGGAAGGAUUAAUGUUUACAUUUGUGAAAUUAUCUUUCGUGAAAAAAUUUUAGAACUGAAAAAAGCAUGUCAGAAAACAUAUAGAAGCACAAUAUAUAAUUUACUUUAAUUAUGUUACUUUGUAUUUCAUGUAAAUAGUUAUGACAUAUAGUACUAUGGGAGAGAUAUUUCUGAAAUCCAUUUGUACUAGCUUUGUAGAAAGUUUAUUCUAUUUUGAAAGAGCAUCGUAUAUUUGAUAGCCAAAUUAUAUGGUAAUGUUUAUUUAUGGUGACGUAAAAAAAACAGGAUAACUGCUAGCAUUGCUAGUCAUUUUCAGUACCUCUCUGUUCAAAGGUUGUUUAGUCAUUGCAUGCAUUUAGAUUACAUUUGACCUUAGUUGCUACGAGCAAUAUGACUUGUUAAUUUCUGAAAUUUUCUGAAACAUUUGUCAUUAAACAGAACCUUGAUGCCUGACCUGUUAUGUCUGCAUAUGAAAAUAUACUAAGGAAAUGAUGUGCCGCUGGACUGCUAAUGUUGUCACUGUCUAUUUACAAAAUGAUGAGUUUGCAAUAGAAAUUAGAUUCCCAUUGACUGCAAUGGUACAUAUGAAUCGUCUGAUUUUUAUUAUUUGUCAUUAUUUGUCAUGAAUAUCAAGGUCAUCAUUGUAUCAAAAGCUUCUAUAUUUCUCAGUGUUUCUCAGCUUGUUGUUGCUUCUUGAUUGUUUUCAAUAUAGUUGUGGCUAUUUUGUUACCUGGAGGUCUAUUUUGUACUGCAAAUGACUUGAGAAAAUAAAUAUACCUU